AAAUUACUUAAAAUAAUAAUUAAAUAAUACAAAAAAAUAUGCAUUUAGAUAAAAAUCUUGAAAGCAUAGUAAACAGAGAAGCAAUAUUACCUAAAUCAAAUGCUUAGUUUCUUGAUGAUCAGAGUCAAGAUCCAAGCUAAAGCUAAGAUCAUAAAAUUAAAAAUGAUCUUCUUCCAUAGAAACAGAUAAAUAAAAUUGUUGAUCAUCCAGUAAUGUUAGGUGAACAAGAGAAUUAAUAAUUGAAAAAUGGUUUUUCAGAAAAAAGCAAUUCUAAUUUAAUAGAAGUAAAAUAAGGAAAUCGUAAAAAAGUGAUAAUAUUAUCAUCUGUAGGAAUUCUAAUUGCUAUAGGAUUAAUUUUCGGAGGAUUAGCCAUUGGAGGAGUAUUUUCUUCAUAAUCAAUAGUAGAAAAGAUGAAUUAUAAUAAGUAAGUAAAACUUCCUGAGUCAUAUGUGAAAUUCGAAUAAUAAAUUAAUAUAGGUUAAGAAAAGAAUAUUUUAUAAUUAAUUUAGGUCCCUUUAUCUUAAAAAAUCUAUGAAUAUAAGUUAGAAAAUGAAUAAAUUACUACUACCGGGGACGGAAAGGUUACUUCUAAAAAAUCUGUUAUUACACAUACUUUUAAUUAUUUAUGUUAUCAAAUAUCUAAUAUUGAAUUUGAUAUGUAUUUAUAUUUUACGUCUACUGUUAUUUCUGAAAACGAUUAAGUAUAAUCUACAUUAACUGGUUAUCCUGCUAUAUUAGAGAAAGAAAAAGCAAAUAAUAUAAGAAACAUAGAAGAUAAUGUAUAAAAAUCUUAGCAAACAUAGGAUGAUACUUCUAAAUAAGUAAAUGAAUAUGCACCUUUGACUGCAUAAGAAAUUAAAUUAUUGUAAGAAAAAGGUAUUAGUGAAGAAUAAUUUAAUUUUAGUAAAUAUCCUAUUGUUCGUUUUACUUUAAGUAAAGAAGGAGAGAUAAAAAAAAUAUACGAACCAAUAAACUUAAGAAAUGAUUUAUAAUAAAUCUAUUUAAAUAUUAUUGAAUAACUUUCUCCUUUAUUGCGUAAGGAUUUAUACAAUAUCUUCGAAACAGACAAGGAAACAGGAAAAAAACGUAUUUUGAAAAAUGCAAGUGAAUCUUAUAAAUAUAGAAAUUUAAAUAAUGUAGAAGUAACUCCAUAACAUGAAGCUGAAAUUUCGGAUGAUGGAAAAGGAGUUUUAAAAUCUACAGAACCUGAAGUAAGUGAAAAUGGAAAUUAAUAAGGUGAAUAUUCUCAAGAAUGUACUAUAGAAAAUGGAUCAUUAUUAAGAAGUUCUGUAAGUUCAAAGUUUACUAUAAAAGGAAAUUAAGAGGAUAGCACAUCAAUGUUUAAACAAAUUGAUAAUAUUUCUGCUGUUAUUAUUUAAUAUAUAGAUUGGGAGCAUAAAGUAGAUGAAACUUUUGUUUAAAAUUUAAUUUAAAUAUAAUAGAAAAUGAGCUACUUUAUAAUGACUAAAUAAUAAGUUUUGGAUAAAAGAGCGAAAUCAUACUUAAAACCUAAAGAGAAUCCUAAUUCAGUUAUUUCUGAUGAUAGUAAAGGAAGGGUUUUGGUUGGAAUAGAUGAAAAUAGAAAUUUAGUGUUUGAAGAAUAACCGAAAAACAAUGAUAAUUUUUAAGAGCCUAAACCUAUGGGAGAAGUUAUUUAAUAAAGCAUUUUUAGAAAAAACUUUGAAUCAAUAGACUUCGGGGCUGAUAUUAAAUCUGAAUGUAUUGAAUCUGGAUUUUAUAGCUCUGAAGAUGUUUGUACUGUUGGAUUAUAUGGAUAUUUUAAUGGAUCUAUGACAAAAAUUAUUGAAAGAUAAACUAAAAUAAAUGUUUCAAGAUUACUUAAACUUAAUUGGUAUAUUUAACAUGUCCUUGUAGAAAAAAUGGGUUCAGUAGAAAAAUAUGUUAAUUCAAAAUUAGAUGGAAUAGUUUAGAAGGUAAAUGCUAUUUUAGAUUAAUUAGAACUUCUUCUUGAUAUUAAUAAAAACCCUGUUUUAAAGGUUAUUAAUGAUGCAAUAUAAAAUGAUUAAUUUGAAAUUAUGGAUUCUAUUAAUGGCUUUGAAUAAACAAUUAAUAAAACCCUUUAGGAUUUUUCAAAGAAAAAGUUUUUGCUUUUUUGA